GUGACUGACCGUCGCCCAGGUUGUGUCGAAAGCAUCCUGGAACUAGCCGUUAGCUUGCCGCUAACAAAAAAAACACAAAGUUAGGUGUGGAUAUUUUCACAAUGGGCGAAUUAUUAACGUGGCUGUAGUGGACAGAAAGAAGACAAGGGACUACCCACACUGGGCUCUUCAACAUGGUCUGAUAGCCGACAUCUGUAAGGGCAGUUAACAUAGCUAACUAAACAUUAGCGUCAGCUAACGUUCAAACUUUGACGGGCAGCUGCAGUAAUUCGCUAGCUAGCUGCUAGUUUACCAAUUUACUACUGCCAUUCCAGCAAGAUAGGUAACACGUCUUGUGAUUGUAGCAGUUACGCCCAGUAAUUAGCGUUGUAGGUGAUAAUUCACUGUCUAAUAACGCGUUGUUUUGAGCAGCUGCGUAUGUGAAACUAGCGUUAUCGUUAUUACUGAAUAACGCCAGCGAACUUAUGAAUAAUGACUGUUGAGCGGCUAAUGCUAACGUUAGCCGCUUGAACUUCGAUAUAACUGACAUUAACCGUUACUUCGAGUUGAUGAUCUCUGCCGUUGCCAGCUGAUAGUGAAUUAAGCGGACGGCGGCGCGUUACACAGCUGUAAUCUGAAUAGACUCAACGUCUGUGAUUUGUGAUUGAUUUCGGCCAAUCACAUGAGAUAAAUAAUGCGAAACACCAGGAUGUCAAACGCAUGGGGAUUAACGUCAGGGCAGCAGUAUUGUCUGGAAAACACAGCUGUCCGGUCAUUCCGAUAAUCUUGCAUCCGUCAUAAUGCAGCUGUGGUAGAAUUGUGUCUGUUUAACGUUUAGCAUAACAUAUUGUAGAUACUGAAGCAUUUAGCUGCUCAAUUCAUCAGUCAGGAAGUUAUAGGAUAUAGUCCAGUUUUAUUUAAAGUUAUGCCUGGGGACGCAUCUGAUAGUAGCGAUGACUCCGAUGCAAAAACAAAUGAAAAGGCCUGUACCGUCAAGCAUCAGAUCACCAAUGCUAACCUCACAGGUCACACUGAGAGGGUCGGCAUGGAGAACUUUGAGCUGCUCAAAGUCUUGGGCACUGGAGCUUAUGGAAAAGUGUUUUUGGUGAGGAAGAACAGCGGUCAUGAUGUGGGCCAGCUGUAUGCCAUGAAGGUGUUGAAGAAAGCAGCUAUUGUUCAAAAGGCAAAGACAACAGAACAUACUCGCACUGAGAGGCAGGUGCUGGAACACAUCCGCCAGUCUCCCUUCCUGGUCACGCUCCACUAUGCCUUUCAGACGCAGAGCAAACUCCAUCUCAUCCUGGACUAUGUGAGCGGCGGGGAGAUGUUUACUCAUUUGUACCAGCGGGAUCACUUUCCUGAGGAAGCGGUGCGGAUUUAUAUCGGGGAAAUAAUCCUGGCUCUGGAGCACCUGCACAAGCUUGGGAUCGUGUACAGAGAUAUCAAAUUGGAAAACAUUCUUCUAGACAGUGAAGGCCAUAUAGUGCUGACAGAUUUCGGGCUCAGCAAGGAGUUUCUGGAAGAGGAGAAGGAACGAACGUACUCUUUCUGUGGCACCAUUGAGUACAUGGCACCUGAAAUCAUCCGGGGGAAAACAGGGCAUGGAAAGUCGGUAGAUUGGUGGAGCCUCGGGAUCUUGAUGUUUGAGCUUCUGACAGGAGCAUCUCCUUUUACUCUGGAGGGAGAGAGGAACUCCCAGAGCGAAGUGUCAAAACGUAUUUUGCGCUGCGAUCCACCGUUCCCCUCUAUGAUUGGACCCACUGCUCAGGACCUGCUGCGGAAGUUGUUAGUAAAAGAUCCCCACAGGAGGCUGGGCUCUGGACCACGAGGAUCUGAAGACAUCAAAGCACAUUCCUUCUUCAAGGGCCUGAACUGGGCUGAUCUAGCGCAGAAGAAGGUGGCAAGUCCAUUCAAGCCUGAGCUGAGGGGUGAACUAGAUGUGGGGAACUUUGCAGAAGAGUUCACCGGGAUGGAUCCCGUAUACUCUCCGGCGAGCACGCCCCCAAGCACUGGACGUCUGUUCAAGGGUUACUCCUUCAUUGCUCCCUCCAUCCUGUUCAAUAAGAACGCAGUCAUGGGAGACUUUGUAGAUUCCCAGAUCGGAGCUGAUCGACCAGGUUCCGCCUCUGUCCAACGCAGUGCAAUGUUAGAGGAGUCCCAGUUUUUUCAGCACUAUGAGCUGUGCCUCAGCGGGCCACCUCUGGGUGAGGGUAGUUUCUCUGUGUGCAGGAAGUGCCGACACAAGCAGAGUAACCACGAGUACGCUGUCAAGAUCGUCAGCCGCAGGAUGGAGGCGAACACCCAGAGGGAGAUCGCUGCUUUGAGGCAAUGUGAGGCUCACCCAAACAUCGUCAAGCUGCAUGAAGUCUACACAGAUCAGUAUCACACAUAUUUAGUGAUGGAGCUCCUUCGAGGCGGGGAGUUGCUGGAGAGGAUCAAAAGGAAGAAACUCUUUGGCGAGGCGGAGGCCAGUCAGCUGUUACAGAGCCUGGUCUCAGCUGUCAGCUUCAUGCACGAGGCAGGAGUCGUGCACAGAGACCUCAAGCCAGAGAACGUACUGUUUGCAGACGAGGGGGAGGACUCGGUGCUGAAAGUAAUAGACUUUGGAUUCGCCCGCCUCUGCCCUGCAGGCAGCGCCCCCCUGCAGACUCCCUGCUUCACGCUGCAGUACGCUGCACCUGAACUCUUUGAAAGUGCAGGAUACGACAAAGCCUGCGACCUCUGGAGUCUCGGGGUCAUCCUGUACACCAUGCUGUCAGGCCAGGUGCCGUUUCAGAGCGAGCAGCGUGGGAUGACCUCAUCAUAUGCCGCUGACAUCAUGCAGAAGAUUAAAGAGGGUGAUUUCUCAUUGGAGGGGGAAGCAUGGAAGGGCGUAUCGGAGGAUGCCAAAGAGCUUGUGAAAGGCCUGCUGACGGUGGAUCCUGAGAGGCGUCUCAAACUCUCUGAUCUGAAAGAGAACAGCUGGCUGCAGGGCGGAGCAUCCAUGUCCACCACUCCUUUGUGCACACCAGAUGUGCUCGAGUCUAGUGGGCCUACUGUUCGCACCUAUGUUAACGCCACUUACAAGGCUUUCAACCGCGGUAAAAGAGAGGGCUUCUUUCUGAAGAGUGUCGACAACGCUCCCCUCGCAAAGCGACGAAAGCUGAAGAUGACAAGCACAGGCGUGGAGACCCGCUGGAGCUCAUCCUCUUCCUCCUCCUCUUCUUCCACUUCCUCCUCUGCCUCUGCAACAGCAUCCAAAGCACAGCCAAAGCAGACUGUGACCCCGAAGAAGAGCUAGCCUGAAGUGAAGUGGAGAGAGAGAGCAGACGGAAGUGGUAUGUGCUUAUACUGCCAACAUGAUGUUCUCCAGUGAUGAUGGGGUCAGCAAGAUCCAAAAAAAAACCCCAUACUGACAAACCGAAAGGCUGGUUUAAGUUAGUGUUUAGUUUUACAUACAAAAUCGAAUUCCGCUUUUUAACAGAGCUUCGUUCAUCAUGCCGUAUUCUCCCCGAACCAAACGUGUAUUUUCUUAGAGUAGAAGGUCUAGAUGUACAGAAAUCUGUGGCCUUGAGGAACAUUUGUACUUAUUCAGUAUUCUCCCACCAUAUUGCGGUGAUACGACACACUAAAAUGAGAUAUUUACCUACUUUCACUGUGGGUAAGAAACAGUGCCUGGCUAAAUAGGGAUAAAGGGAAAAAGGAGCCAUAAAUGAGCAGAAGCCAUAUAAACAGCACAGCAGUUAAUACAUCGAUCGAGCCGAAAACACACAAAUCUGCACAAAGCAAAUGAAUAGUCCUUCCAGAAAUUAGCAGUCCUAACAGAUUGAUUGUACGAGCUAUUUGCCACAUGCUAUGAUUGUUUGGGGAAAAAAAGACAGCAAACGAUUGGCCACAAGUGCUGUGACACACGUGGGCACCCAAAAAAAUUAAAACGUCUUGUUUUUCUCAGUUGUGAAAUGUUUGCACUAUUUGCAGAGAAUGUAAAUAUACAUGAUGGAAUGGUAAAAAAAAAAAAAAGCAAAUUGCUGGAAGGACUGAACACAGAAGAAAAUGCUUGUGAUACGUAAAAGCUUUGAGGCUGCAGAGGAGGAGUGACGCUGUUGUUAAAAGUCUGUUGGAUGCAGACGGUUUUAACCGCCAUUCCAAAGGGCGCCACACCUCCAUUACACUACCAACUCCACCGCUCCCAGUGAACACAACAUGGAGUGCAUGUCUUGAUCGACGGCUCCGAUAGAGUGUUUUUGUCAUCCAAUCCGAGCUCGUCUUGACGUACAAGUGUCCGACAGUAGCACCUGUAUAAAACCGAUGAAGACGCAGUCGUUAAGAGUGUGAUUUCCUCGUCAUACUUGCUGUAAAUUACUCGCAUUAUUGUGCCGGUCUGAAAAUCUCUAGCAUGCUAAUCUGUUGUGAUGAUUAACUGUAAGGACUUUUUCUAUAUUUUGGUAUCUGGGGCUCAUUAGGAAAGGUCACCCAGAAUGUUUCUACGCUACACAAAGUGCAGCCUUGCACUAAGAUUAGAUCAAAACUCAUUUUUGGUGAUUGAGCAUGAGAAUCGCUGUUGGCUUGUGAAUUUCUAAAAGGGUAUUAUAUUUACUUUUUUCUGGUGCCCUGUCAAACCAGCGCCAUCGCGGCUAACGCAGAUACAAUCUGAUUUGAUACAGUGAAACAUCGUCGGCCCUCAGUUGACCUCAGCUUGGGGUGAAAGGGUCUUUUUACAGCUGUGGUUUUAAAAAUAUUGUACGGUUUUUGCAGUUCAAAUUAUGUUCCAGAAUGAGACACUUAAUGAGUUCUGUGUGAGACCAACCUGAGAGACCUGGUGUGUAAAUACUCAUCCUUGAUUCAGAGCAAAAAACGAUGUAAUGAUUUAAAGAUCUGACAACUGUUUUAUCGGUAUAUUAGUCUCCUGAUCAUGUUUUUAUUGGACUUUCUCUCUUUUUUUUUUCUUUUUUUUUUACAUGUUGCACAGUCAGUUGAUCAAUUAAACACAUUUCAGCUUUAAAGGUGCUUUCACUGAUAUUUAUUACAUGUGAUUGAUUUUAAUGCUGUGGUAAUGGGAUUGAUGAUAACAUUGGCGCUUGUUGUGUACCAACAUUGUGUGUGUGUGUGAGCGUGUGUGUGUGUGAGAGAGCGUGAGAAGCACUGGGAGGUUGGUUUUAGAUGUUUCUGUACCAGAUGAAGCAUUUUUUUUUGUUUUGUUUUUUGCAAGUUACUGUAUUAUUUACUUGUCGUUUGCCGCCUUUGUCUUUUUGAAGGUAAAUGGUUGUUUGUGUUUGAACAUUUGCAAUUUUUACUUAAGAAACUGUGCUUUUAUUGGUGUUGAUAUUCUUUGUUGUUGUAGUAAAUGACAUUUUCUUCUCUUUCAUUUGUUUUUUUGAGCAUUACUAUUUUGCUGAGAUGCACUGUCACUGAUGUCGUAACUGGGAAUUUAUCUUUUUUUUUUUUGCACCUAAGAUUUUUUUUUGGUCGGUGCAAAAUAAACAUUACUUUUAAAUAGA